CUCAUGCUCUUCCCAUUCCCACACGACGUCGCAUAAGAAGGCAGUUCCGGUGCAAUCCUGUUUCUUCCUUCUCUUGUAGCUCUGUAAAUGCAUACAGGACUGUAAAUGGAAUAAUGAUGUGAUUUUAAGCCCGAGUCAGUGAGUGGAUCUUCAUGUGAUUCAUUGUCAUCCUCAUGAGCAUCAGUAAUGCCGCUUGCUUCUUCUUCUCCGUUCGUUGGCUAUGUCGAUUUGUACGGGAAGCGCCGUCAAGCUGCUAGGGUUCAGGUGAUUGAGAGAGAAAUCGGCUUGCUUCAGGAUGAGAUCAAAUCACUUGGAAGUAUCGGGCUUGCAUCAAGCAGCUGCAAAGAGCUGGACGACUUUAUAGAUGCUACACCAGAUCCACUAAUAGCAAUAAACCCGAUGAGUGGUGGAUCGAAGAACUUUUUGAAGAUCUUUGGGAGAAAAUUUAGUUGUUUGUCGUGGAUGUGUUGCUUUUGUGGGACUUGUUGCGGAUCACACAUCUCGUGUUGUUGCGAUGUAAAGAAAUCAUGUAGUUGGCGACUUUGCAAGUGUUGCACAAUUUCGUGUAGGUGCAGCUUCGAUUUAUCGUGUCCUAAAUAUUCGGUUUGUUGUUGUAACCUGUGCCCGUGUUUUUAAAUGUUCCAAAGCUUCAUGCGAGUUCCUAUGAUCCUUAAUUAGUGAGAAACAAUAUAUUUUGCAAGCAUC